GGUCUAUGAUCUCUAAAAAUGUCACUUGCUAGAUAACAGUGUAUCUCAGGAAACAAAACCCUCAGAGGAGAGACUCAGGGGAACACAGUCACACCUCAGACACUCCUCAAAGUCCCUGCUCUAUCCACUUAUGACAUGAAGCACUGAUGGACCUGGACAAUGGGAGUUGUCCAAUAAGUGACCAGAUCAGAGAAGUUGCCAGAAAGAAGCAGAGGAGAGAAGGAAGCUGUUUUCUAUCGUGAAAAGUCCCCUGGGCCAGCAUCUUGAUACCACCCGCUUUCGCCAGUUGCUAUGUCCAGACCCUCUCUGUGAAGUAUGUAAUAGGACAACUGCUGAGGUCAGUCAUCUGCUGUAUCUGGCAUCCUUGGAAGAUGUUCUACUCUCUCAGUCCUCUUUGGCAUCCACAGAUAAUAUGACAGAAUCAUCAACUUCUUUGCUCUCUGCUGUUUCAUCAGUCCUUCCAGAAGACCCAAUUACAGCACCUUCACCUUUCCCCUACAUUCUCUCAACUAAUAAGAUCACCUUAGCAGACUUAUUUUUACCCUCAUCACUGGGUGAUUCUCUGCCACCAGAGCCUCUCCCUCUCUUGGAUUCUAAAUUCCCAGUAAACCCAUUCUCACCCCAAAUUCAUGCAUUUCCUUCCCUCCCAUUACAUCACACUCGGGGAACAAAUCCUGUUCUCCAACCAGAGGCAAAUUUAGCUCUCAAGAAUAGCCCUGAGGAGUUAUCCAAUUAUGUUCCAACAAUCAGAGGCAUUGACUGCUCAAGCUUGGCAAUUUCUCAAUUCUCCUGGUCUCAUAACAAGAAUAUAGUCCUUCCAAGAUUACCACACUAUGGUUUUCAGGAAGAGAAUGCUUCCUUCCAUCUACCAUAUUUCUAUUUAUGGAAAAAUUCUGAUAUUUCACAUAUGGAAGGCAGACACAUUUCUUUCCUUGGCUUUAACAUACAACAACUCUUGGAGAGACAAAUAAAAAAGAGAAUGACUUUCCAGAUUUUAGAAAAUAAAGGAAAGAAGCAGGGACCAUUGAUAAAACAAAAGUGGUCAGAAUACCAAUUUACAUCUUCUUGGAACUCACUGAAAUCCUUCCUUGAUGAGAAAGACACCAUAGCUUCCCAAACUGGCUGGGACACCAAAGACAAAUCAGAACAUCUGGGAAUUUGUCAGCACUUUGUAUAUGUGAAGACUCUGGGGGGAAAUGUGGAGCAUAAAUACAGCCAGCUCUUCUGGGGUCUUCCCUCUCUCCAUAGCGAGUCAAUAGUGGCUACUCUUCUGGUCUCUAAGAGCUGUUCCUCACUAGAACCUCACUUUGUUUUAUUCAAUAGAACCUGUAAUGUUCCUGCAAUCCAAAUCCAGGCUAAAGAAAUUCCACCACGCCCUCUGUCCCACCCACCUUCCCUUACCAGCAUACAUUCUCAAUCUUUUCCUCACAUGAAUCCCCAAUCCCAAACUUUACCUCUCACUCAUGCCCAUUCCCUGGCCCAUGGUAAAUCUCCACUCCCUAUACUACCAUUAUAUUCUCCACCCCAGAUUCAGGACUAUGGAAAUAUUUUCCAUAGAUCACAGAAUAAAGUUGAUGUUGACAUCUUACCUGGAAAUAAACAUUCGGAAUGGCAUGGGUUGCACACACAUCAUGCACAUUUGUGGGGUUUUGGCUCUGAAUUUGAAAAGUGUCAAGACGCCUUUUGUCCUUCAGCUCCCAGCUUUCCAUCAGUCAGGCAAUAUUCCCAGGCCUAUGCUCCAGUCUCCAUCUUUCCUGGCCAUUUUCAUAUCAGCAGUCAACCCCAGGAGGACCCGGAGCACCAGGUACCAAAGAAUCUAAUUCUGUUUGGGAACCUCCAGUCUUGCAGUCCUAUAGGAUCUGGAGUAUUGACGGAGACUGGGAUCACAUCAACAGAGACAUCUCAGCACGGCCACAGACAUGCUUACUCACAACCCUCUGAGCUUCAGGGCCACAGUAGCAAGGAUCUUGAGAAAAUAGAAUGGAGUCUCUCAGGAAGUUCCCAUGAGAAUUUCCCCACAAAGUUUCAGCUGAACAAGGAUUUGGCAAAGAAUCUCAGGCAUAUUCUGGGGAAGUGUCCAUUAGAUAAUCCACUAAUGGUUUCAGAAUGCAAUGUAAGGAAUAAUAUGAAUGCUAUAUCUGAGAAAAGAAGUGACUGUGUGUGUCACUCAAGGAAUGACUUAGGGAAUGAAUUAGUAAAUGUUUCAGGGAAGAACUUAGACUUGAAUCAGAUGAAAAGCAUGCUUAGAUUACAUGUGAGCCGCAAGUGUUGGCAGAUCACUACAGGUAGGAUCCCUGUAGGUGUCUGUCUUUCUUGUCUGGAUGAGGACAAUGCAUUGACGCCUCCUUGGAGUUCCCAUACCAAUACAGAUAAUAUAAAUAAUAUGUCAUCACUGGUGGGUAGGGUCCAGUGCCAGACAACCAACACAAGGCUUUCUUUCCUUGAUAACAAAACCCAAAAUUUACUAGAAGCCCAUAUUAUUAGGUUUAGGAUAAGUCAGAAGUGGGGCCUUCCCCUCAAGGUUCUUGAAUCCAUAAAAUCCUAUGUGCUGAGAGAAGCCAAAACAUGGCCUCUUCCUCAAUAUAACUUUGUUUCAUCCUCAACUCGAACUUCUGAGCUGGAUUCCAAAUCUGGAGUCUCCAAGCUCCUUACAGAAAGCUCUAAAGCUAUUCAUCAGAGUCAGAAAGAAAUAAUAAAUUCAGUCUCCAUUAUGGAUCAUUCUCUGCCUGCCCCCUCACUUGUGGUCAAGAAAGUUCAGGACAUCCUGAGACAACCAUGUUGUGAUACUGAUCAUGAAGUUACAGAGAAUGUACAGACAAUUGAGAAUGGAAGCCAGACAUGUCUACCCAAUACAGGAAGAAUCAAAGACAAAGUAAGUCAGACUGACACUGUAUCAGAAGAGAGAGACAGUUCAGAGCAUGUAAUAAGGCAAGACGGAGAUGGAGAUAAAUCAAAGGAUGAAGUGGUAAGUCUUAGCCAUAGAACAGACAUGCAUGAGGGCAAAAUGAUGGUGGGAAAGAAUAAGAAUUCAGAAUAUUAUUCCACCUUUGACAUGUGCAACCAGAUAUUCAAAGCCCAUGAGCUUUGUAAUCUUCAAUCACAGAUUGGUACUAUCUCAACAACCAGCAAGUUGGAAGAUUCCCAAAAGAUAAGUGUGAGUGUGAGUAAAGUAGAAACUAUCCCAGCCACUCAAUGCACCCCACCAAUAAUAAUUCCUGAAGAUCUGACACAGUUAGACCUUAAAAGACAGGUGUCUUUUAAGCUGGGGAAUAAUUCACUUAGCCAGGCUCAAGGUUUUCCCAGAGAUGUAGUCCUUCCUUUAUAUAAUGUCAAUUCUGAUUCUUCACUGUCUCACUCCAACAGUGACUCUAGUGAGGACAUGGAAGUUUUUCAGCAGCUGCAUUUUGAUCUGAAUGAUUCAAGGACCAACAUGUGUAAACAACAGGAGCUCUGGCUCCCUAAGGAUAUCUUAUGGAAUUGUUGGGAUAUGAGAUUCCCACCAGCUGAGAGAAAAGUGAGCCCUUUAAUAUGUAAAGGAGGAAAAUAUAGAGGUGAGGACUUAGGAUUAGAUGCAUUUAGAGCAAUAAGAAAGAGCCAACCUGAGGAGGACAGAAAAUUAGAAGAGGCAUCUAAGUCCCUGCUACAAAAAAAAGCGUUUUCUUCUGAAAGUUGCAUCAAAAAAAAGAUAAGACAAUUUCUUCAGUGGAUUGAUUCCAGGAUAAAAAGCACAUGCCAGAAGAGUCCUGUGAAAGAUAGUGCUCUGUCUGUGAGCCAUGACCCUCCUGAAGCCCAUAAACUCAUGGAAGCCCUUGGAAAGAUCCUGGAGGAGAAACUAGCACAUAGGCAGGAAUGUGAGGCCUGGGAGUUGCAUAAACAGAAGAAGGAACUACAGGCCCAGGCAGAGACUGACAGAGGACAACCUACUAAGUAUGAGGCUAUCUCUGACAAACAACAACAAAAAGAGUCAGGUCCCUACUCCUGUAACCAAGAAGCUGUGUUUCCUGGCCCAAGUAGUCUUACAGAUGUGAGACAGAUCAGUGACAGUUUCAGAGCUCCUCAGAAGAGUGUCUCAUUCAAAGAUCAGGCAUCACUUCAGAGUCAAUAUCUUCCCCCAUUCUCCAGGAAGUCUUGGACCCAUCAAAUUCCAUGUUCAGGCAAGGAUACCAGGUACCUCUGGAUGCCCUCACAUCUGCUAGAGACACUGGAUUCAGAGCUUUGAUUCUCCUAUGCAAACAGAAAAUGCUUCUUCAGCACUUAGAGGAAGGAAAAUUUUCCUUAAAGGAAUAAUACAGGCCACUAGGUAGAAGCCUCUCAAUUAUCACGGCAAUACAUCCUAUUAUGGGAACAAUAUCUCCACAACAAAUGACUAAUAAAUGUUUCUAAUUAUAGAGA